CCAUUUUCAAUAUGGCGCCGUCGGUAUAGGCUGUCGUGGGAAGCGUGGAAGUAAUUUCUGGGCUCUACUUCUGGGUAAAUUCGUCUGCUUGUGAAUAGAAUGAUCCAAAAAAGCUGCAGAAUGUGUGGAAAGCAGCGGAGGGAAACAAGAUUGCCCUUCCGGGGGGCUUGAGUGUUCAGCUGGAGACUUUCUGGGCCACCAACAAGAGAAAAGAGACGGACUUCGGGGGCAGCAAGCUGUGAAGGAGGGAAAGAAAAACGUUUGAUGAGAAACCUGUGCUGAUGACAGGAAAAUCUCUCCUACGGAUUUGGUUUAUGAGUCAUACCUUAUCACGACAUCAAAGUGUAACAGCUUGUCUGCUUUGGAAAACCUGGAACCUCCUGCCUUGUGUGGAUUUUCAAGUCAGAACUCUUACUGAAGGCAUGGAUAGUGACCGGGCCCAAGAGAUGGAAACGGAUGGCUCCAAACUGGAACAAAAUGUUGUUCAGCCACCUGCAGUGGACUCCAGGAGUGGUUGUAAGCCUGUUAAAAAUGGCGAGACUGUAAUCACAGAAGGAAAGGCAAGAAUAAUUUUUCCAAGCGCCAAUGAAGUUUUCUACAACCCUGUCCAGGAGUUCAACAGAGACCUGACGUGUGCAGUCAUUACAGAAUUUGCUCGUCUGCAGCUUUCAUCCAAAGGGAUUCAGAUUGCAGUUCCUGGGGAGGAGAAUGUCUCAAAAGUGGUCGUGGACCUUUCAAAAGGAGAAGAAGAUGAAUUGAAACCACCGCUUACUGGUCAUAAGGAGGAGCACAAAGUUGCUGCAGUUGGAGAAGUGUGCCAGGAUGGCCUUCGAGUGCUGGAGGCCUUGGCUGCAUCUGGGCUACGCUCCGUCCGGUUGGCCAAGGAAGUGCCCGGCCUUCACAGUGUGGUGGCAAAUGAUGUCUCUUGCAAGGCUGUUGAACUCAUCAAGCAGAACAUUCAGCUGAAUGACAUGGGACAACUGGUGACUGCAAGCCUGUCAGAUGCCCGGAUGCUGAUGUACCAGCACAAGGCCGCCAAGGACCUCUUUGAUGUCAUUGACCUGGAUCCGUACGGAAGCCCUUCUAUGUUUCUUGAUGCUGCGGUGCAGGCUGUGAGUGAAGGAGGCCUCCUGUGUGUCACAUGUACUGACAUGGCUGUAAUGGCUGGGAAUGCUGGGGAGACCUGCUACAGCAAAUACGGGGCCAUGUCCUUCAAAGCCAAGUACUGCCACGAGAUGGCCCUGCGGAUUAUCCUGCACAGCCUUGAUCUACGCGCCAACUGUUACCAGCGCUACAUUGUCCCGUUGCUGUCAGUCAGCGCUGAUUUCUAUAUCCGCGUCUUUGUCAGGGUCUUUUCCGGGCAGGCCAAAGUCAAAGCUAGUGCCAGCAAACAGGCCUUUGUUUACAACUGUGUGGGCUGUGGCUCAUUUCACGUCCAAAGACUUGGCAAAGUUGCUAACAAUGGAAACAGCAUCACCUACAAAGCCGCCUCCGGCCCUCCUGUGGGACCAUCCUGUGAGCACUGCCACCAGCGCCACCAGCUGGGUGGCCCCAUGUGGGUAGAGCCGCUCCACGAUGUGGAUUUUGUUCAGCAAGUCCUGUCCGCAGUUGGGAGCAAUCCGGGGCGCUUCGAAACGAGUCAGCGAAUUCAGGGGAUCCUCAGCAUGGCGAUUGAGGAACUCAGUGAUGUCCCUCUAUAUUACACCCUUGAUAAUCUCAGCAAAACCAUCCACUGCAACAGCCCCUCCCUGCUGCAGUUCAGGUCAGCUCUCCUCCAUGCUGGUUACCGGGUGUCCCUGUCCCAUGCCUGCAAGAAUGCUAUCAAGACAGAUGCACCAUCCUCCGUGGUCUGGGACAUCAUGCGCUGUUGGGAAAAACUCAACCCUGUGAAGAGAGAGCGCCUUUCGGAGAGCUGUCCAGCUGCCUGCAUCCUGUCUGUGGAACCCAAGCUGCAAGCAUCCUUCACCGUCCGGGCAGAUGCUAAUCCCAGCUCCCGAAAGCAAGGCCUUAAACGGUUCCAGCUGAACCCUGAGCCCAACUGGGGGCCAAAAGCAAGAGCCAAAGCUGGGGGUGGGAUCUCUUCCUCUCUGCAGGAAAAGAGGAGGCUACACCAGAACAAGAGGAAGGGCUGUGCGGAAGAGAGCGAUGGGAGCCACCUGAAGAACUUCCCCUGCAAACGGUUCCGGGAGGGCAACUGUUCUCUAGGGGACAACUGCCGUUAUUCUCAUGAGACGGAAAGAGAGUGAGCACAGCCCCGGAGCUCCAGUGUGACGAAACAACUCUGAACAUCUGCUUCUGGUCAGGUUUUUGGGAAAAUUUUUUUUGCAUGAACAACUGAUCCUUUUUCAUUUUAAAAUGCUUGCCAUUAAAUUGAAUGGUGGUGCUUGUC